AUGGGGUGCGCAGCUUAGAAGGAUUUACUUAAAAAAACAGAUUUUGAUGAGCAUGCUUAGAAAUUAGAUAGUCAGGAUCACAAGUUCAAAGGGAUGGUCGCUUUUAAAAGUUUAAAAUAAAAGCAUAUGGCUUAUAAUAUCGGAUAGUUGUAAAGUAUGGCUUAUUUAUGAUUAACUGUAGAGACUUGCUCUCCAAAUCAUAAAUGUAAUUAAGGAUAAGAAUUAGAGGAGAUCUGA